AUGAUAGGCAGCCACACUGGAGCUCUCCCUGAUUCAGGAGAUCUGCACAACCUGGUUCAGCUGGGAACCCGGCCCGGGCGAGCAACUAAGCGGAAGUCGCGCUUCAUGGACUUGGCUGCGCUGGUCGGCGCGCGGCUCCAAAGGAUGUCGAUCUCUCCUCAGGAGGAGAAGAUGUGGAAGAGCUUCACCCAACUUGCGAUAGAGGAGGCGGACGCGGGAGUCCUCGGGAAGAAGCAAUCCUUCGGAAGGCAUCUGCAUCUUAAAGGCGGGGCAACUGGCCAGAUUCAGCUCAUGCAGGACUGGGAGUGGCCCUACAUGUUUGCCUUGGCGGAUGUGGGCUUUGAUCUUGCCUUGCGCCACGCACAACUUGGCGGCCUCUCACGGCUUCGAAUCCUGGAAAUUGGCUGGGGCCAGGGGAUCAGCGGCCGUCGGCUUCUGGAUAACGCGGAGAAAGCAGGAAGCGGCCUGCCACAACUGCAAAUCGAGUACGAGGUUGUGGAGCUGCAUCCCGCCGUGGCAGCAGACGCUCGACGGGAGGCCGAAACAAGAAAGAAGGGGCCUGUCAAGGCCUUCCAUGUUCACGAGGGACCGUGGCAGAAGAUUCUGCCAGAGCUUCCAGCACAGUCGUACAACCUGCUCUUCUAUGACCCUUUGAACAUCAGCCCGAGAUAUAUCGGGGAGCAACAGCGCUUCGAGACCUGGGGCCUUCCAAUGUGCGUCUUCGAAGCGCUGCAGUUUUAUCGCGUCCUUCGUCCGGGCGGUGUGGCUGUGCAAUAUGCGGUUUCUCACAGGACUUCGACGCUGGAGUUGUUGCAGCGCCAGAUUGCCCCGUUGUUCAGCGCGCUGAGUCUUUCUAGGAUAUCCGGGCUACGAGCAGAAGCGAACUCCUCCUAUGUGACUGCGGCGGAGGCGCACGACCUGUAUGUGCCAGCUUUCGUCAAGUAA